AUGCCUUAUACCCGAUCGUUUGCCGAAUGUCUCGUUGUAGCACUGGGCGGCAUCUCUAGCUCGGUUCUACUACAAGGCCAGGCGAAUUAUACUGCUGCAGUGAAACCAUACAAUCUGGACAUCGCAGUCACGCCUGCUGCUAUAGUUUUCCCCGAGACUGCUGCUCAAGUCGCGGGAGUGGUUAAAUGUGCUGUCAAUGCAGGCAUCAAGGUACAACCCCGAUGCGGCGGCCACAACUAUGGUAACUUUGGUUCCUCGACUGGUGAAUUGUCGGUACACCUUGAUAAGCUGCGCAGCUUCUCAUUCGAGGAAGCGACUGGACGGGCUACAGUGGGUGGCGGUAUGCUUCUGGGCGAGCUCAACGAGAAUCUGUGGAAUGCAGGACAACGAUACCUCCCUCACGGCCUGAGUUUCUCCAUCGGGGUUGGCGGCCAUGCAACAGUUGGAGGAGUAGGUAUCACCUCUCGACCUGCUGGUCUCCUGACUGAUCAUAUCGUCGAAUCUGAAGUCGUGUUAGCCAAUGGGUCGAUCGUUCGUGCAUCUGAGAAGAAAAAUCGUGACUUAUUCUUUGCUAUACGUGGUGCUGGCGGGUCUUUCGGUGUCGUCACCAAGUUUAUCUUUCAGUCUGAUCCAGCACCAACCUCGAUUAUCAACUAUUCAUUUGCGUGGGUGACGUCUGACGCAGCAACAAGAGCCCGACUGCUGAAAGACUGGCAGAAAUGGAUUCGAGAUGUCCCCAUACCCGCUGAGCUAUCAUCAACCCUCACGAUCGCGCCAUCCGUGAUCCUGGUCGCAGGCGGCUUUUUGGGAACCCUGCAGCAAUUCAAGGCGCUGAACCUUACAACCCAUUUCCCUCCCCCACAGCAGACCACUGCCGAUGUUUACACCAGUUACCGCAACCUGUCCACGGUGUGGAGCAGCCAGAUGUUAGAGUCGGGCAUCGCUCUCCCUUCUUCCUUCUACGCCAAAUCCCUGCUCUUCAACAACGAAACCUUCAUCCCGGAUACAGCUGUCGACCAGUUUUUCAACUACUUAUCCGCCGCGGACACUGGGGCGGACUUCUGGGUCAUCAAUUUCGAGCUCGGUGGAGGAAAGAUCGGCGCCCUCCCUUCCACCGCCACCGCCUUCCCGCACCGCGAUGCCGUCUUCGCCAUGCUCAACCAGGGCACCACCACAGGCGCGGUGUCGCAAACCCUCGUGAAAUUCCUCAACAGACUGAGCAAGAUAGUGACCGACAGCCACCCCGGGGCCGCUUACGGAGGCUAUGCCGGCUAUGUCGAUCCCAGAGAGGAUAACGACGAGGCGCGGACGAGAUACUGGGGCACCAACCUCGCGAGGUUGCGGGCUGUCAAGAAAGUGGUGGAUCCAAACGAUGUUUUCCAUAACCAGCAGAGCGUUCCGCCCGCUGGAAGGAGGCCAUAG